AUGGACAACCGACACAGGAAUUUCGCCGGCAAAGCAUUACUUUAUCGCACUAUCGACAGUCCCAAGUGGCGGGUGUUUUUGCGCCGCAACGUGAGAGACGCCCUUGACAGUCACGAGCGGGAUCUGGCGCGAGAGCAGCAGUCUGAUGCGACAGUCACGCCGAAGUGUGAGGACAGGGAAGACAGUACACAGCCUGAAUGGGAGCCGCCGAGUGAUCGCAUGAUGGAGCCUUUGUUAGAGUAUCAGAAACCUACCCUGCGGAUCAGUGCGCUGCAUUUGAGGCAUCCCCAAGAGCCUCCGCGACCUCGCAACAACGAUGAACCGUCCUGGUUGCGGCAAUCUGACUCCUUCAUCCGGCCGUGUCAGGUGCGUGUUUCGACGUGGGAUCGGCGAGUCGGCAACACGAUCAUGUACAACGAGCCUCGCCACGCUCGUAUUGUCGGACGCGACAAUAGCAACGGUCGGGUGACUUUCGACGUCUUCAUCUUAGACCCUUUCAACAUACCCAUCGAGCAGAUUUCCUGCCCGACACCGAGUUUUACCGGCAAAGGACCGUGGGAGCGGAGACUCGAGGAGAGCUGUGUCUUGGAGUGUGACGUCCAAUUUCAAGACUCCAAGUCAACAGCUGAAUUCCUCAACCUGGUCGAAGGUCGUCCUUUGAACGAGUACCACACAGCAGCAGCAAACGAGGGCAUUGUGAAGAUCAAGUGGAGCAAUCUUCCGCAAGUGCCAAAGGACGGCGAGCUACUUCAAAUGAAGCGAGCCAAAGGACACAAAUCUCUCGACAUGGAAUACGGAGCCGAAAUCACCAUGGGCUGGAACGAGCGCACAGAUAUGCCUUUUACGAGACACAGCAAAGCAGUUCGCGCCAGGAGAGAAGAGCUGCGCCAGCUGCCGACGCCAGUCUCUGAGGAUCUCGAAGCUGGCCGCAACAAGUACACGAUCAAGUACUCCUUCCGUGGUAGCGCUUUCGAGGUGCGCACCUUUUUGAGUGAGAAUCUCAAGUGCAUAUUCUGCCUACAGGGAGGUGAGCAUACGUCAUUUGACAGGCUCUUGCUGCACUACCAUAACCAUCACGAUCAUUUCAACUUCGAGGUGGAGCACCGUCCGCAGGCCGUGAAGGCAAUCCGCAUCACUCACGCAGACGAUGAAUACCUUGAGCGAGAGUUCGGAUGGGUAGCACCUCGACGGGCAUUUGACAUCAACGGCCAUCUCAACGGCACUGAUGACUGGACGAGCAUGAUGUUCGAGAAGAGAGAGGGACCACAAGGGACACCUCGGCAGAGGAAAGAGAAGUUCGCAGCGAGGCCAGCAGCUGGCAAGUCACCAUCGACGAACAAGUCGCGUCAGAACAAGGUCCCGGGCCUGAAGCUCGCGAAUCCGAAGAGAAAGUUCACCGAGCCAGAACAGGUCGAAGACCUCGUCCCGCAAGUGCGCAAGAAGAACAAGGUCCCACAUGUACCUGGCGUCGUCUUCUAUCGCACCACAUCAAAGCAGAUACUCAAGCCUGGCGACGAGAUCAGCGACAGCGACGAAGAUGUAGACGACACCUGGAUGAAGCAGACCCAGCGACACGAUCUGAAGAAGAUGGGCGAGGACGGCAUCUCGCUGGACUUCAACGAGCUGUUUAAUAGGCAACUCGACGAAGAGCAGCCAAUGUCUGAUACGCUAACCAGUGAUGCAAUCGUGCGGUUCGCGCGGAGAUGGGUUGACUUGCUCAAAGAUCCGAAGUGGAAGGAGAAGUUCCAGGCGAAGUUGACGCAGCUGGAGACGAGGCGCAUCUUGCGGGAAGAGACGGUGAAGUAUUGUAUGGAUCUGGUAGAGGCUGCCCAAAAGAAGGACGCAGCGGAGGAGACGUCCAGGGGAACGUCUGGAACGCCUCAACGACAAGGCGCCAACACGGCGAACACGCCUUCACGAGUGAUCACUCCCGCGCCGAAGAACUCCAACUACUCGGGUAAGGUUCGAAUGAGGUGGCUCGAAGGUGCACUGCGGUUGACAGAUGAACAAGGUGUACCACAAGUAUCAGGACCGGCUGACAAGAACCCCACCCCUACAGGCGUACACGACACCACCACUGCGGGAAAGGCAGCCGCUCCGACGAUGAGAUCUCGGCCUCUGCCCAAGCCUUGCGUUUGCGGAACUAAUAUUAUGGGCAAGAUGGGCACGAUUGCGUGUGCGAAUGUGAAGUGUCCGACGGAGGGGUUUCAUAUGGCUUGUGUGGGGUUGGAGAAUAGGUCUUGGGAUUGGAGGUGUGGGGAGUGUUCUUCUUCGUGA